GUUGUCUUUCCCGCCUAGUUAAAAACUUCCCAAGCUCCCGAAUUUAUCCAAUGAAUCCCUUUCCCAGUCUCCGUAACGGCAACCACCGUCUACUUGGAGCACAAUGCAACCGCACUAUUCACACAUUUGACCUGUCGUUCCAUGAACAACCACUCAACCUCCAUCCUGGCAACCAAAAUCCAGGUUCCAAAGUUGCCAAAACCAUUGAUGAAACGGAAAAGAUCUGCAAGCUAGCACUAAACCAUCGCACAUCGCAGACAGAGUUUUACCGUAACCUGAACUCUGCCUCUGUGGUUCCGUCUCCGGCAUUGGUCACUGAUGUUCUCAAAAAGCUCAGCAACUCCGGCGUUCUUGCGUUUUGGUUCUUCCGGUGGGCCGAGAAGAAGAGCGGGUUCCAGCAUACUGCUGAGAGCUACAAUUCUUUGAUCGAAGCUCUGGGUAAGAUCAGACAGUUCGCGCUGUUAUGGAGAUUGGUUGAUGAAAUGAAGAAGAAAAGGCUGGUAUCAAAAGACACAUUUGCCCUAAUAUCCAGGAGAUACGCGAGGGCUAGGCGGGUGAAGGAUGCCAUAAACGCGUUUGAGAAGAUGGGGAUGUAUGGGAUGAAGGCUGAUCUACAGGACUUCAACAGAUUGUUAGACACUCUGUGCAAAUCUAGGGCUGUCGGGACUGCACACCAGGUGUUCGACGAAUGGAAGCACAGAAGGUUCAAACCAGAUGUUAAAACCUACACCAUACUCCUAGAAGGGUUCGGUGAAGAAAGGAACAUGCUGAUGUUGAAUGAAGUGUACCGUGAAAUGUGUGGUGCUGGCUUUGAGCCAGAUGCUGUGAGCUAUGGGAUCAUCAUCCAUGCUCACUGCAAGGGUAGGGAGUACAAUAAGGCUGUGGAGAUGUUUCAUGAAAUGCAAAGGAGGAACGUCGAACCAACGCCUCAUAUUUAUUGCACCCUGAUCAACGGGCUGGGAUCAGCAAAGAUGUUGACAGAAGCUCUCGAUUUUUUUAACAUAUGCAAGAGUAGUGGCUGUGUGCUUGAGUUGGCUACAUUGAAUGCUGUGGUUGGAGCUUAUUGUCAUUCGUCGCGAAUGGAUGAUGCAUAUAGGACAAUUGAUGAGAUGAGAAGAAGUGGGAUCGGCCCAAAUGCUCGAACAUAUGAUAUAAUUCUUCGUCAUCUGAUAAAUGCACAAAGGACAGAAGACACUUACUCAGUUUUCCAGAAAAUGGAAAAGGAUCCCGUUUGUGAGCCGACUGUCAGUGCGUACGAGGCUAUAGUGAGGAUGUUCUGUUCCAAGGAUCGCAUAGAUAUGGCUUUGAGAACGUGGGAUAAGAUGAAGGGUAGAGGGGUGCUUCCAACUAUGCAUAUGUUCUCAACGCUAAUCAACAGCCUCUGCCAUGAGAAUAAGUUGAACUGUGCCUGCAAAUACUUUCAAGAAAUGGUUGAUUUGGGGAUUAGGCCUCCAAGGGCGUUGUUCAGUAAUCUGAAACACGCUCUCCUGGAAGACGGACAAAAAGAUACAGUUAUUGCACUGGCUGAGAAAAUAGAGACACUGAGGAAAACUCCUAUGGUCGGAUAAAUAGCUAUUCUUUUCUUUUAAGUUAUUAAAUUUAAUAGGAACAACACAAGAGUGGUAUUCUUUCGGUCUGGGAUCUUCUGAGGCUCUAGUCUGGAAUGACCGGUCGUCUCUUGCAACUUUGUAAGUGUGCUAAGGUCCCCAUGUUAUAUGCUCCGUAUAUUUUUCUGGAAUGAGCGGGGAAAAUGAACAGUGUUCCCGUCUAAAUAAUGGGUAAUAAAAUGGAUGAGAUCCCUAGCACACACAGUUUGUACCUUCAGUGGUUGUCCAAUUAUCCCUUUUAAAUUUUAAUGAACAUUGAACAGUUCAAAA